ACACUUGACCAAUUGCACCGCGCAAGAGUCUGAUGGGUCGUUUGAAUUCAGCGAUCCUCCGUGGGUAGGCAGUUUUAGUGAAGGGUCUGUGCGCGCGUGUGUGUUUGUGUGAAUGUGCACUCGUAGAAUAUAAUGCCAAAGAAAGAAGAAGAAUAAGGAGAGGGGGGUGAGAGAGAGAGAGAGAGGGAGAGAGGGAGAGGCGGGAUCCGUUUGCGCCUUGUUGAAAUCCAGGGUGAAGCACAAACAAUAAUCUGGAACAGAUCGAUCAGCACUUCGCCCCCGCUUUUUGUAUUUGAUGGAUCAGUGGAUGUGAUGCCCAUAUAUAUCAUCGACCGAAAAUUUCCCGACACAUCUGGUGAGUUGAAACAGCUGGCAGCUGAAGGAGGAGACCUGAGAAUGACGGAGAGCAACCCCCCCAAGUCGGCUAAGAAGCCCCGCUGGACCUCCCUGGAGGUCGGCCUCAUUACUAUCGUCUCCUUGCUCUUCAUCGUCAUCGUCGCCCUCGUCAUCCUCUUUGCCACACAGAAGACUGAUGAAAUCUGCACAUCAGCUGACUGCACGCAGUCAGCUUCUCGCCUCAUUGCGAACAUGGAUGCCAGCGUGGACCCUUGUGACAACUUCUACCAGUACGCCUGUGGGGGCUGGCUGAAAAAGAACAUCAUCCCUGAGACCAGCUCUAGAUACAGCACCUUUGACAUCUUAAGAGACGAGAUGGAAGUCAUUCUCAAAGGUGUCCUUGAAAAAACAGUGGAGGGUGAAGCCACUGCUCUCACCAAGGCUAAGACCCUUUACAAGUCCUGCACCAAUGAGAGUUUAAUCGAGCUCAGAGGAGGGGCGCCUUUGCUCGACAUGUUGCCUGAUGUGUUUGACUGGCCCAUAGCUGUGGAAAACUGGGAGACCGACUAUGGUACAACAUGGAAGCUGGAGAACGUCAUCGCCAAGCUGAAUGAGAAAUAUGGGACUCAACUCUUAGUUAACUUUUUUGUCGGCACCGAUGACAGGGACUCCAAUUCUCACAUCAUUCAUUUUGACCAGCAGACAAGCCUCGGCCUCUUGUCCAGAGAUUACUACGCUUGCACCGGACCCUACGCAGAGGCAUGUCAGGCCUAUGAGGAGUUCAUGGUUGACCUGGCAAAGCUGAUUCGCUCAGACCGGAAAUUGACCAUCAAUGAAACCCGCAUCAGAGAAGAGGUGACACGAGUAAUGGACCUGGAGAGGGACAUCGCCAAUGCGACUGAUUCUCCAGAGGACCGUAACAACCCAGUGUUGCUUUACAACAAGAUGGAGCUAGGUGAUCUGAACGCCAACUUCACCCUUGAGGUUGAAUCCCAGGUAUUUAAUUGGAGUUACUUUACAGCAAAGAUAAUGGAUACAGUCAACAUCAGCGUUCCUGACACAGAGAAGGUCAUAAACUACUCCCCCAACUAUUACAGACGACUCAACCUCGUCUUGGCCAGAUACAACAAGAGGGAUCUGCAGAACUACGUGGUGUGGCGUUUUGCUAUGAACAUGGUGGUGGGCCUGAGCAGACCUUACAGGGACACCAGGAAAGCCUUCCGAAAGGCUUUGUCUGGUACAACGUCAGAGGCAGCAGUGUGGCGACAGUGUGCACUUUACGUCAACAACAACAUGGACAAUGCUGUGGGACGACUGUACGUGCAGGAGGCCUUCUCUGAAAAGAGCAAAGAACUGAUGGAGGAGAUGAUAAAAGAUAUUCGGGAAGUGUUCAUUAGUAACCUUGAUGACCUGACCUGGAUGGAUGCAGAGACCAAGAUAGCAGCUGAGGAGAAGGCCCGAGCUAUUCGAGAACGGAUCGGCUAUUCUGACAACAUCAUGGAUGACAAAUAUCUUAACAAUGAGUACAAAGAUCUGGGGUACAGUACAGAGGAGUACUUUGAAAACAUCCUGCAGAACCUGGAGUAUGUGCAGAAGAAACGCCUGCGGAAACUCAGAGUCAAAGUCAACAAAGAGGAGUGGGUAACUGGAGCUGCUGUUGUCAACGCCUUCUACUCAUCCAGCAAAAACCAAAUAGUUUUCCCUGCAGGUAUCCUCCAGCCGCCUUUCUUCAGCAAAGGCCAGGCUAAAUCUCUCAACUAUGGUGGCAUCGGCAUGGUGAUCGGUCACGAGAUCACACAUGGCUUUGAUGACAAUGGUCGUAACUAUGAUAAGGAUGGUGACCUGAAGGACUGGUGGACACCAGGGUCCACUAAUAGGUUCCUCGACCUGUCGAAGUGCAUCGUCAAUCAGUAUGGCAACUUUUCCUGGGACCUGGCUAAUGGACUACAUUUAAAUGGUAACAACACCCUUGGGGAGAACAUUGCUGACAAUGGAGGGAUACGGCAGGCAUAUCAGGCCUAUAAAAACUAUGUGGAGGAGCAUGGAAAGGAGCCAUCACUGCCCGGCAUUGACCUCUCCCACAAUCAACUCUUUUUCCUAAACUUUGCUCAGGUGUGGUGUGGAACUCAUCGACCAGAGCAAGCUGUUAAUUCCAUUAAAGUAGAUGUCCACAGUCCGGGGAAAUUCAGAGUACUGGGCUCCCUUCAGAAUUUCCCAGAAUUUGCCAAAGCAUUCAACUGCAACAAGAGCAGCUACAUGGUCCCUGACAACAUUUGCCGUGUGUGGUGAUCCACAGACGUUUGGGAUGGGGACAGUUCUGACACGGGUCAUCCCUGUCCCACUGUACCUCACCCCUCUGACUGUUGGAGCACUCAUAGGGGCUACAGGGAAGUGGAAAAGCUCCCCUUAGCGCUUUACUGGAUGGACCAGGGCUGGUGGACUGACACUGCAGUAUGCACUUCCUCCGAGCAGUGGACUGUACCCUCACAGACAAGCGGAGCACUGUCUCUUUGACUCUGAUACUGUAGUUCAUUCAAUCAGCCUGAUUAUUCUGCUACUCAAUGGAUACAAUCACUCCUUGUCUGUGUGUUUUUUCUCUCUCUCCAUUUUGAUCUUGUUUUACUCAUCAUUUGUGAGUCUGCCAAUGUGAGUGUGAUUCAGUCAAAAUACUGUACUUGUCAAGAGAGGGACGGACAGACAAAUGUGCUCAAAUCCGCUGGCAUAUGAAUACACCACCCACCCACUCACACUCAUACACAUCUAACAGGGCUGAACCACUGUGCUGUAUGUGGGACUAAGCUGUAUGCCUCUCAUAAAACCUCAGCUGGUUUCAGCCUUCACCUACAUGCUGGUACGCUCUACAAUGCAUCCAUAAUAUACUCUUUGUUAAUUUGUAUAACCAGAUUAGAUCAAUUAUUCCAGAUAAUCUGAAUUUGCUGAAUAGACCAGUAAGUAUUUAACCCUAAUCAUAUAUUAAACAAUACUCUUCUAUAUUUAAUGAUGAUGACUUAACUGCAGUUGAAAGGCAGCCAUAUGUCAAAUAAGCCAAAUUAAAAUUGUUACCUUUAAUAUGACAGGUGGUCAUGAAUCAUUGAGCUGACAAUCGACACCGGACCCUUUUUAUACGUUCACUGAGCCUCCUGUGUGUUUCUGCGUGGAUGUAUGUCUCAAUGUGUUUUCCAGUCUUUUUAAGUCAUUAUGAUCGCUGCCUACUGUUUGUCAAGCAAAUCGGUAUGCCUUACAUGAUCUGCUGUGCUGCUGUGUCUGAGAGUGCGUUUGUGCAGGAGAACAAAGAAUAAGACGGUGUAUCAUUAAAGCAAUAGUUUGACCUUUUAACAAAUAGGCUUCUUUUCUUGCAGAGAGUUAGAUGACAAUAUCGCUACCACUCUCAUGUCUUUCCUCUACAGCCAGCAGACUGUUAACCGCUCUGUCCAAAGGUAAAAUAAAAAUGUCUGCCAGCAGCUCUGAAGCUCACUAAUAACCACGUUACUUCUCGUUUGUUUAAUUAUCACAAAAAACAAAGUGUAAAAACAAUACAUUGUGGUUUACAGGGCGUUAUGUGCCGGACUGUUUCCUGGCUGGGAGCAGUGACCUCCUAAAGUCUCCGCCAGCUUCCUGGCAACCUGAUGGUGCUGACAAAUCUGAAGACUUUGAGUCUUUACCCUUCCAUUUCUCUGUGGAUCAAACAAACCAACAUAAUGUUAAUUGAUUAGCUUUGAAUGUUUGAAUUGAUUUGGUCUUACCAUUGGAGAGAGCCAAGCUAGCAGUUUCCCCUGCUUCCAGUCUUUAUGCUAAGCUAACCAUCUCUGUAACUUUAUAUUUAUGAGAAAGAUAUGAGUGGUAUCAAUAUUCUCAACUUACUCUAGGCAAAAAAAGUGAAUAUGUGUAAUUCACAAAAUGUUGAACUAUUGAAGAAAGGUGUAGCGAUAUCUCAGUUUGAUUUUGGUUUAAUCACAUGAAGAGUGUCGUGUGACAAAUCUUUCUUUUCUUUCUUUAAGACUUUGAAGCAAAAGUCAAUUGACUGACGAUAAUAUGAUUAAGCUUUCGAGGGAUUUAUCUCUUUUAAACUGCGGGCUGAGUCUUUGCUGGAACCUAAUGGAAUUUUCAACAGUGCAUGCAUUUUUCCAAAUGCAGAAGGUUGUAUCAAGUUAGUGGAUCACAGUUUAGCAUUCGUGGUUUUGUAUGGCUUCAUUUUCAAAGUGUAACUGAGGCUGGUAUCAAUUUUGGAAAUUUUAGCCUUUUGCCUUUUCUAUUGAAAUUAAUGAAUGCUGCGCCAUGAUCACGUAGACCACUUCUUCAGACAGUAUACAACACCCUUUAUCUCCAGCCUUGUGUUGUUUCCUCAUGUUUUCAUUGUAUGUGCAAUCUUUCUGUCCUUGUCACCGCCGCUCACUCCCUCAGGCUUUCUUUCUUUCUGCCUCUCUCUCUCUCUGUCACACUCCACCUGUAGAAAGACAGAUAUACCUCAGUUGCCUGUAUUUAGAUACUUUAUAACAAUGACUGAUAAUCAUCUUGAGGAGCAUUCUUUUUCUUUCAAAAUAAAUAUUUAAAUAACA